AGAAUAGUUGAUAUAAUUUUUAAAACGUGUUAUUAGUUUAUUAUGAAAAUCAAAAUAUUCCGAUACAUGUGUUAAAUAAAGGCAUAUAUUUGGACGUAUAGUAUAACACAAGUGUUUGAAUGGAAAAGUUUACGUCGCGGGCAAUCCCUUCACUCAAACAGUAGUAUUAUAGCUAUUAAUGCUAUUAAUAGUAAAUCGUUGUAUAAAUCGUUGGGUCUAAAGCACGACUCGUGUGUUUUCUGAUAAAACUUUCCAUAAGUUUACCAACAAUUAUAUCCUCACAUAAAGACAGUACAUAUUAUCAGACUUUUGCAUUACCUGUACUUUAGAACUUCGAAGAAAAUGCAAAACUGUGGUCAAACAGGUCUAAUAGAGAAGAUGUUGUGCGCCGGAUCUGCUGCCUGUAUGGCAGAUAUCGCGACUUUUCCAUUAGAUGUGGCAAAAGUUCGUUUACAAAUCCAAUCUUCUUCGGUCUCUAAAAUUGCUUCAAAUGUGCUGACACUUCAGGCAAAUGGUUUGGCUGCCCAUCAAUACAGUGGACUCUUUGGAACACUUAUAGGAAUGGCUCGCAAUGAAGGUAUCGGUGCCCUAUAUGGAGGUAUUGGACCCGGACUUCAAAGACAGUGUGUGUUUGCAUCACUCAGAAUAGGACUAUACGAACCGGUUAAGGAUAUCUAUACAAGAAAACUGAAUUUAGGUGAAAAUGCCGCUUCUAUUAUGACUAUUAGAAUUAUUUCUGGCAUAACUACCGGUGCUAUUGCCAUAACUGUUGCUCAGCCAACAGAUCUGGUGAAAGUACGAAUGCAGGCCCAGAGUAGACAAACCGGUGGCCGUCCUGUAUAUAACAACUCAAUUCACGCCUAUAAGACAAUCUAUGCAUCUGAAGGCCUGAAAGGUUUAUGGAAAGGAUUGGGACCUAAUAUUCUUCGUAAUUCUGUAGUAAACGCCGCAGAGCUGGUCUGUUACGACACUAUCAAAGAAUUAUUGUUAAAUUAUGGAAUAUUCAGAGACGGACUUCCCUGUCAUUUCAGCGCCGCUUUUACAGCUGGCUUUUGUGCAACUUUGGUGUCGAGUCCUAUAGAUGUUGUCAAAACUCGGUAUAUGAACUCUACGGGACAGUACUCUAGUGUAAUACAUUGUGCGAAGACAUUGGCCAAACAGGGAGGCUUUUCCGCCUUCUAUAAGGGGUUUACGCCAUCAUUCAUGCGAUUGGGUUCUUGGAAUGUCUGUAUGUUUGUCACAUUUGAACAGUUGAAGAGAUUGAGUAAUAAUUGGAAGAGUGAGAGACAAAGUAAAAGCAGUAAUAAAUCAAGUCUUGUGGUACUCACAAAACCGGCCACUCUUUGAGUAUUGAUGUCAUCACUUAAUUAUAUUUAUUUAUUACAAUUAUACUAUCAUUAAUACAAUAUAUUAUCUCAUCAAUGGUUUGAUUCAAAUCAAUAAUCAAAGUCCAUAUCGGAACAGACCUUUAAACAGAUUAUUAAGUCAUUAAAUUUGUACUCAUUUUCUAAUGUCUUUAAUCUAUAAUUAUGUGAUAUUUGUUUAUUCACUUAUUAUUUGUUAUAUAUUUAUAUU